AUGACGCUAAUGGCAGCUAGUCGUUUUGUUUGGAUCUUGUUUCAUGCCGUUGGUGUUGCUGCAAGGGCGACUGAUGCCAGGAGACGGUCACACGUCAAAGACUUAGUUGACAUAACUUCUGAACAAGUCAACUAGGUAGAGUACAUUGUCAUCUGGAAUAUUUGUAUAGUGCUUGUUUGAGACACUGUGUCUAUAGCCAUGAGCACCAAGCCUGAGAAAGAUGGCUGCUGUAGAACGGUGACCAAGUUUCUCUUCUCCCACAUCGGCCUGUGUUUGAUGGUUGUCCUGUACUGUGUGGCUGGUGGCUUCAUCUUUGAACAUCUAGAGAAGAACAAUGAGGAACAAAUCUGUUACGAGUCGAGGUCGGAGUACGAGCCCAUGCAGAGUAAAACAAUCAACUCAACCCUCAACAUUUUCUAUCAGAAUGGCGGCAUCGUCAACGACAAGGCAAGAGAGAUGAUGGUACUUCAACUGGAGAGUGUCUUGGAGACCUUCAGAAACAAUUCACUAGCCAUUGGCUACAACGGCAGAUGGUGUCAACUGUAUGGUCAGCCGAAUGGUCCAUCUUACGAUUGGUCAUGGCCUGGGGCUGUCUUAUUUUCUGUCACGGUCGUCACCACUAUAGGCUACGGCCACAUCGCACCAAAGACAGUUUGGGGCCGCCUUGUUUGUAUUGCCUACGCAGUUCUUGGGAUUCCCCUGAUGCUCCUUUGUCUGGCCAACAUUGGUGACGCACUGGCCGAUAUCUUUCGAUUUAUUUACGCCAAAAUCUGCUGUCUCGGUGCAUGCAGAAAGAAGAAGAAGGACACUGACCAGGUUGUUCCCAUACAAAAUUCUGAAACUGUUGGACACUGGAAUACUGAUAAAAAGUCAAUGGCAUGUAACCCGAUGUCUCAGGUAGCACCAAUGGAUACAAAAUUCACACGGAUGGCUUCCAAAUCUCCUACGGACAGUAUGGACAUGAGUGACACCAGACGUCUGACGUCUGCUGGCUCCAGAGGCGGAGGAAAAAAUAAAGUUCAGAUAGUUCCCCUUGACCUGAAGAAGAAUGACCCAGUUAUCUUGGAUGAUGACUCUGACAGCGAUGACGACGAUGAACUGGAAAACAGAAAAGUCACUGUGCCACUGACCAUCACCAUGAUUGUCAUAGGCGGCUACAUCUUUGGAGGGGCGGUGUUGUUUGGUCUGUGGGAGGGAUGGGACUGGCUCCAGUCUGCUUACUUCUGCUUCAUCACACUCAGCACCAUUGGGUUCGGUGACGUAGUACCAGGGAGAGACUUUGACAACCCCCAAGUACAAGCACAGCUGAUGCUUGGAAGUAUCUACAUUCUGUUUGGUAUGGCCAUCUUGUCGAUGUGUUUCGCUCUGAUGCAGGAAGAGAUUUUGGCUAAAGCCAGAUGGAUCGGUCAGAAACUUGGGAUCCUUGAAAAAGAAGCCGAAGACUAAUCAAUACAACACAAAACAGCUAUCGGAAUUGGUUAGUGGCAAAUUGUUUAAAACUUACAUUUGUUAUUGUUUUUCGUACUUAUAUAUUGCUCUGUAUUAUUAAGUCAUGCUAUUGUUUUAUUUUAAUCAUGUAAAUAUUUUUUUAACCAUUUUUUUAUCGUCACUAGUCAAAAUGCUGUUUUUUUAAAAUAAGUUUCGAAACAUUUUACCAAAAUUAUUAUUUUUUAUCUGGAGUUCUAAUACAUAAACUUGUGUUACACUAGAUGUAAUUAAGUGUUAGUAAAUUGUAGUUUUUAUUCUAAUUUUUUUUUACCAUGGUGCUAUGAGAGUUACGUUAGAACAUAAGAGAUUGGCUCCUUAUACCUUCACAAAGACCGCAUACAUUGGAUGGACAGCAGAAAUCCUAUUAGAUUGACGCCUGCAACAUAUUACAAUGACCGCAUAUUACAUUUUAAAUUGAUUUCAAACUGGAUUAGAUGUAGACAUAUUAGAUCGAUAGCAAUUUAUUGUAUUUAAAUUGACAGCAUAGAACAGAUCGAUUGAUAUUAGAUUUAUUAUAUAAAACCUAUUAGAUUAAUCACAUUCAAUAUAUUAGAUUGACCACAUACAGCACAAUAUUUUAUUUAUUUUUUAUUAUUGAUUACAUACAGCAUAUUAGAUUGAUUACAAACAAUAUAUUAGAUCGAUCAUAUACAAUAGAUAUAUUAAACUGAUAGCAUGCAUAUUGAAUUGAUCCCAUAAUAACGAUAGAAGUAUUUUUGGUUGAAAUAUGGACGCUCUGUUAUAUAAAGACGUAACAAAAAUACUUAUGAAUUGAUAUUCUUUUUCAACUUUCCCCAAACUGUUAAGUCAUCAUCAUGUCAAUAGUAUUGGCACUAAUGUAUGUUAAUUAAAUAUAUCACUGCUAAUAUUCUUACGUGAAUAGGACUAAAUACUCUAUUCUUUCCUUUUUAUCUAUUAUUUCAUUUUUUUUUGUUCGCUUUCAAAACUUUUUAAUUUAAUUAUUAAUUAUCUAUUGACCUAAAUACUUUAAAAUUAUAAUCACUUAAUGACGGGUGGCGCUGGAGUUAGACGCUCAGCCGCGGGUAGGGGGAUCAAUAGAUCGAAUGCGUAUUCUUUGUAGUUUGAACCAGAUAUCUGUAGGUAUAGUUUAUUGCUAGCAAAACGUUAAAGAAUAUCCAGUAAUAAAAAUGUGGACCAACUCGACCAACUCAUGAUUUAAUUUUUAAAUUGUAAUUAUUUUGCUUUAAUUAAAAGAUUUAUUUUUUGAAAUUUCUUUCAAGCCCUGAACAUGUAUACACUUCGUUGGCCAGUAUACAUUUGUCUGAUAUAUCAUAUUUUAUAUACAACUAUGAUAAAAAUAUUACUAAACUUUGCAAACUAAGACUUGACUUCUAGUUGUUGUUUGUUUUAGUUGUUUUUUUUUAAUAUGUCAUAAGUUUACAAGGCUGGUUUAUAACUUUGUUUGAUCAAAUUCUUUUGUCCUUUUCCAUACCAAAUAAUAAUCACAAGAUGUAAUACACCGAUCAUAAAAACAAAUUGAAAAUAAAACACUGAUUUGUUCCUUUGGGUAUGAAAUCGUUGAACAAUAUGUAACUUAAUGUUGUUAAUGUAAUGGUAAAGAGAAACUGGGCUAUGAACGUAUAUCUCAUGUGCUAUUGUACAAGAUGUUUGCUCUAAUCGUGUAUUUUUUGUGUAAUGCACAAUUGUUAAACAAAUUUCCU